AUGGCGUCGACUCAGUAUGGCAUCAAAUAUGCCGUCCACAUUAUCACUGCGCACUUCGGCAAUCUCGUCGCGAAAGUGUGCGAAACCCUGCUUCGAAGGGGGCCUCUGACCUUGAGACUUCUUGUACGAUUCACGGAACUUAGCUCAUCACAGAUUAAUAACUCCCUUCUUAUUCUCAUCCAACAUAAUUGCGUCCAAGCCUUCACUGCAGUGACAGAAGGUGAGUUCGGAGACGCACCCAAGGCAGACACACAAUACUUGGCGUUGUUUAGUAACAUACUUCAUCGUAUGAGAUUUUCCAAAUUCCUGGCAAUUGCUUCAGAAAAGCUUGAGAAAGAUAAAGAUUGUGAAGAACUUCUUGAGGGUCUGUUGCAGAAUGGUAGGCUUUCAAUGGAACAAAUAAUUGAAAGAGCAAAGUCCAGUAAACAUGCAGGAAACCGUCCAAUUCCAGAUGUUGUAAAUGAAAGUUUAUUAAAACUUUUGAAUGCCCAUUUUGUUGAACGCUGUCCAGCCCCUGAACCAACUCUUUCACCCCAAGUUGAAGAGCAGCCUCCUCCUAGAAAAAGAGGUGCUAAGGCUGCCAAGGUAUCUGAGGUGCCACCGACCUUAGAACAACGUCUUGUAGAAUCAGCACGUCCGAUGGAAGUUAUAAGAUUUUCAAUAGGUGAAACCAACACUGAAGCUGAAGAGAGUGAACAUUAUUCAUCAAUUUCUGGUCAGAAGCGCAAGCGUGGUGAUCUGGAUAUGAUACAAGAGUCUGGAGAUGCAGAUGGUAUUAUUCUUUGGCGUGCAAACUUUGAUGAGUUUGUAAGAUGUCUUAGACAUAAGGCUUGCAUUGAACAUGUCAGAUCACAGUUUGAUGACGGAGCGGUAAAUGUCUUGAGUGCCAUUUUGGAGGCUACUCGAAGUUCUGAAAAAAUCGUGAAAACAGAGAUAACAGUUCCUUUGUCACUGGAUAACAUAUACGAGGAGGUAAUGAAGAAUGAAGUAGGACGCAGUAUGACUUUAGAUCGGGUUGAAGCUUCCCUCUCUGCAUUGGGUUGUUCAGGGAUGGAAGAUUAUAAAAUUAAUUUACAGAAGAUCAUCGAACAAGCUCAAAUUGAUGAGGUUGAAUCAAUUGUUCUAAAAAGAUAUGGAAGAGAUGCGUACAGAAUGUUCAGAUUCCUAUCAAAAACUGGUGGCUUGGUUGAGACAGAAAAGAUUUCCGAUAGUGCAUUUGUUGACAAGAAUGAGGCGCCUAAAAUUUUAUAUAGGUUGUGGAAGGAUGAGUACCUAUACAUGGAGAAAGUAGCUAUAACAGUACCUAGACAUUCCCUGUGCUUGUUGUGGAGAGUAGACAGAUAUAAUUUGUGGGAACAUGUUCUGGAUGAGAUGUAUCAUGCUUCAUUGAACUUGCAGCUACGACAGGCUUAUGAGAUGGAACAAGACAAAGAGCUUCUGAAUCUUCCACCAGACAAGCGUGGUGGUCCGCUCGAGAAAAGAUAUAAUCGUUUGAGGAAUGUCAGGAUACUCCUGGAGUCGUCGCUGCUGAAGCUCGACGAUGCUUUAAUGCUUUUCCAUGACUUCUAAUACGAAGGAUUUAUAGAUCAGUAGCUCCUUGAAGAGUGAAUGUGGAGGAAGCCUUGCCCAUCUUUUAGACUUGCAAAAUAAAAUUAUGAUUAGCAGUGUUUUCUUCUUCCCAUUAGGAUACAGGAACUUCAUCUUCCUUAUAAAUAUUGUUUGAUUAAGGUUAAUUAUGGAAUAUGGCAAAUGGCCUUCCUGAGUAUACUUUUUAUUAUUAUUAUUCUUAAUAGGAAGUUUUUAAUGUAUCACAUCA